GAUCAGUAUAAUAAGUGAUAAAGAUUAAAGAAUUCAUUAACACAUGACUGCAUUGUCAUGCGAAUCUUUUGUAUAGAUACCUUCAUCUUGUAUUUCUUCUUUAGUUUUUCUGGAUCAAGCUACCAUCAUGGAACUUCACAGCCCUUUUUCUAAUAUCAUCUUUAUCAUAACCAUUUUUCUCUUUCUCUUGUUGCUACUCAAAAUAGCUAAAAGAUGGAGUUGUAACAAUUCCACUCUGAAUUUACCACCAGGACCAUGGACACUACCCUUCAUAGGAAACAUACAUCAAAUUAUCACCACCUCACUCCCUCAUCAUUGCUUCAAAAAAUUGGCAGAGAAAUAUGGACCUUUAAUGCACCUAAAAUUAGGAGAAGUAUCAUACCUAAUAGCUACUUCACCAACAAUGGCUAAAGAGAUUAUGAAAACACAUGACCUAAGUUUUUGUGAUAGGCCAAACCUUCUUUUGUCAACAAUAUGGAGUUACAACAAUACUGAUAUUAUAUUCUCUCCGUAUGGAGAACAUUGGAGGCAAAUACGAAAGAUGUGUGUUUUACAACUAUUAAGUGCAAAGCGUGUCCAAUCAUUUAGAUCAAUAAGAGAAGAAGAGGUGUCGGAUCUUGUUAAAUCAAUAUCUGCAAAUGAAGGAUCAGUUGUUAAUCUCACUCAGAAGAUUUAUUCAUUGACAUAUGGUAUAGUGGCGCGAGCGUGUUUUGGGAAAAGAAAUAAAUACCAGCAAGAGUUCAAAUCAGCAAUAGAGGAAACAAUUAAUUUGUUGGGUGGAUUUUGUAUUGCUGAUUUGUAUCCUUCUAUUAAAAUACUUCAAAGGGUGAAUUGGACGAAGACUAAAAUCGAAAAGGUUCAUAGAGAAAUCGAUAUGAUAAUGCAAGACAUCAUCGACGAUCACAAAAGUAUUUCCAAGGAAGCAAACAAGGAUGAAGAUCUAGUUGAUGUUCUUCUCAAGAUUCAACAAGAAAGUGAUCAGUCAGAACAUCCCUUGACCGAUGAUGAUCUCAAACCAAUCAUUCAGGACAUGUUUGGUGCUGGUAGUGAAACAUCAUCAGGGAUUGUUUUAUGGGGGAUGUCACAAAUUAUAAAGAAUCCAAAGGUAAUGGAAAAAGCACAAGCUGAGGUAAGAAGAGUGUUUGAUAAAAAGGGGUAUGUUGAUGAGACAGAGUUGCACCAAUUGAUAUACUUAAAGUCUGUCAUCAAAGAGACGCUGAGAUUGCAUCCUGUUGUACCAUUGUUGCUUCCAAGAGAAAAUAGGGAGAAAUGCCAAAUCAAUGGGUACGAUAUUCCAGUUAAGACAAGGGUUGCCGUCAAUGUUUGGGCGAUUGGACGAGAUCAAAAGUAUUGGGUUGAAGCCGAGAGUUUUAAACCCGAGAGAUUUAUUAAUAACCCAAUUGAUUUUAAAGGUACGGACUUUGAAUACACGCCAUUUGGUGCUGGAAGAAGAAUGUGUCCGGGCAUUGCAUUUGCCAUGCCCAACCUUGAACUGCCUCUAGCUCAGUUACUUUACCAUUUUGAUUGGAAGCUUCCCAACAAAAUGAAGAAUGAAGAGUUGGAUAUGACUGAGUCAUUUGGAAUUACACUACGAAGAAAAAAUGACUUAUGUGUGAUUCCUAUCAUUCGUCGUCCUUAAUAUAUUUUUUGCCUAUAAAAAAUAUUUCCAAAGUGUUUAAUUUUGUUCUACUAUUUUUCAGCAAUUGGACAAUGAUUGUGCUAAAUGUAGAAAGCAACAUUCCUUUCUCCCAAGGAAGUGUAUGAUAUUGCUUUAAAAAAAAAAGAAGUCUUUAUUUUUUGGUAGAAAAAAAAAAGUUUUAUUUUGUAUUUGUAUUUAUUGUGUAUGUUGUAGAAAAAAGAAGUCUUUAUUGUGAAUAAUAUUUGUAUUUGUGUUUUA